AUGCCUAACCAGAACAAACCCACACACGUUCUAGCACCUUUGGCUGACAUCGCGCCCCACAUCCUUCGGCUGUGGAAGUCACGUCUCACGGACAAGCAGAUAGUCCAGGCCUUACGAAAAGAAAUUGACACCGAACACUAUGGAAUUGGAUUAACUAAAUUUAUACAGGUUCGUACAGACAUGGGGCUUCUGCGCACACGCCAGCAAGGCCACACCGUGGAGUCCAUUCGUGAUGCCAUGCUCGAACUUCGCGAAAUGUACCCCAAGGCCGGCAUGAGAGAAAUAAUUAGCUUACUACACCACGAGGAGGGUAUGAGUGUAUCAAGGAGUGUCAUAAAGUCUUAUUUUGCCAUCUAUGAAGCUGACCUUGUUCGCCAACGAAAGGCCCGCCGCCUGCAAAGGAGGCGCUUUUGGGCUGCUGGAGUAAAUGACAUAGUCGCAGUGGACCAGCAUGACAAAUGGCUGCGGUUUGGUCUAGCAUUGCACACUGGAAUCGAACCUUUCUCUGGCCGCAUCAUGUGGAUGCGGGUUUGGCAUUCCAAUCGAAAUCCACAGCUCAUUCUGAGCUACUAUCUAGAUACUAUCGAGAACCUUGGUCAUAUGCCCUUGGUUACACAGAGCGACCCUGGGACUGAAAAUUUUGGGAUUGCCAAUGGCCACACCAUGUUGCGUCAAUGGUACGAUCCUUCACUACAGGGCACAUUACAGCAUCGCUGGAUGCGAACCAAGAAAAAUGUAAUGCCGGAGAUCGCGUGGUCGCAACUGCGACGUCGAUUUACUCCGGGUUUUGAGUCCCUGCUGGACCACGGAGUCGAACAGGACUGGUAUGACAGUGAUAAUACACUUCAAGUAAUGGUCUUUCGAUGGGUCUUCAUCCCAUGGUUGCAGCGUGAAUUAGACUCUUACCAGGACCGGAUCAAUCAUACUGCCAAAAGGCGUGAUCGCAACAAGGUACUGCCACAUGGAGUCCCAGAACUUAUCUAUCGGUCCGCUGAAGACUUUGGUGCCCUUGACUUCAAGAUCAAGAUAGAGAAGGCCGCUGUGGAUCAUGUGCGAGCGACGUACAUCAAACCUGGACACCCUGUGUUCGAUCUCGUGCCCAGUGACCUUGGAGACACUCUCCAGAUGUGCUACGAACGUUUGGGACGUCCUGUCGUCAAUCGCAAAUCAGCUUGGACAAUGCCGCUCCCUGAUAGUAUUGAAAGAGAUGAACUUGAAGAAUUGCCGCUCCUUCAGGAGCAUCGAGACCUGCCAUUUCAUGAAGAGACUAAUGGGUAUUAUUAUAUGGGUGGCGUUCGUGGAGGACUUGGACUAGAUGAUGGUCAUCAUCGAUUGCUCGAUGACCUUACUCACGAAGACGAACCGGAUGUCCCUCAUGAGGCUGACAAUGCCGGUCUCGUUGUUUGGGAAUUUUCGGACGAAGAAGCGGGUGCAAUGGACGAGUGGUGA